AUGUCGACCGCAGACCCAACUGCGCCAGCGCAAGCUGCAGGUGGAGCCAAUUCGCAUUCCCAGGAUUUCGGCGUCGCGACAGCUCCCAACCCCUCGUCGACAGCAUCUCCAGUCACGGCCCCAGCACCUCCGCAUGUCAGCUAUCCGCCCAACAUCAACAUACACACAAAUGCUGGCAGUGCCACGAGUCCGGGUCCUCCAGCGACACCCGCCAGCCGCGGUUUCGCGCGCUCGGAUACAAUCCUUAGUCCAACCAUUCGUCGCCGCACUGCUCGCGCUGGGACCUUUAAGACAGUCGAGGACUUCCAAGACUUUGAGGUCCGCCCUGGCUGGCAGCCCGGAGCCGAGCCAGGCGUUGACCCCAGCAAACCCGACGGAGGACAUGCCUCCAUGCCAACUCUUAACGCGCCGUGCCAGAUCUCCGUCAUCGACUUCUCGCAGUACCGCCUUUCCCCCCCCGAGAGACUUGGCAACGAAACUCUGCAAGCCUUUCUCAACCUGCCGAAGCCAGAUUGGGUCAAGUGCCGCUGGAUCAACGUCAAUGGACUCAGUUGGGAUGUUAUCAAGGAGCUGGGCCAAUACAAGAACCUGCACAGGCUUGCAAUUGAAGACAUAAUGAACACGAGGAACAGAACAAAGGCCGAGUGGUUCUCAACCCACGCCUUCAUCGUACUAACUCUUCAGAAACUCGUCCACCUCUACGAUUCAAAUGACGACGACGACGACGACGACGACGGCGAAGAUUCCGACAACGAUUUCGUGGGCGAAGAAGGCGAGGGCGGGAUUGAGGUCGAAACAAGUGAUAACUCGGAGACCGGGAUUGGGUGGGUCAGUGGCAUCCGCAAACGCCUGAGAAGGCUGCUCCGUCGCCGCAAGCAUAUCUCUGCACAAGAAAGCGUCGAGGCUGGCAAGUCCGGCUCUGGGGGCAGCUUCGGAGGCAGAUUUGAAGCGCAAUUCGCAUCCCACCCAACUGGGUUCUCUGAAGUCGUGGAUAAGAGCAGGCUCCGGACAUUGCAGAGAUACCAGGCGUCACCCAACGAUCCUCGGACCAAGUUCAUGGAAAAGCACUCAUCACUGAGCUCCAAGGAUCUCGCAGUUGCAUGUGAGCAGGUGUCAAUGUUCAUCACAAACGACAACACCAUCAUUAGCUUCUUUGAGAUGUCAGCACAGGACGUUGAAGGGCCUAUUGUCAAGCGUCUUCGGACAAGCGACACCAUCCUUCGACAAUCUUGCGAUGCAUCCAUGGUUGGCCAGGCCAUUAUCGACGCCAUUAUCGACCUAGCGAUUCCGGUAACAGCCUGCUACAGCGACGUGAUUGGCGACUUGGAGCUCGACGUCUUGACGCGGCCCAAUGUCGGUCACACCAAGAAGCUUUACAUUGUCAUCACCGAGAUCAACAAGAUGCUGAGCUUCAUCAACCCGAUUGUCACUCUGAUCAACACUUUACGCGAUCACAAAACAGAAAUGCCGCAAGAAAUAGCAGCUAGCAAGCUGCAGGACCCAGCCCACGGUGUCAUCCUGACCCCCAUGACGUACACGUAUCUUGGGGAUGUCUUAGACCACUGCGUCUUGAUAACUGAAUCCUUAAACCAGCUGAAGGGCUCGGCCGACGGAAUGAUUGGACUUAUAUUCAACACUAUUUCGACAUCGCAGAACGAGUCCAUGAAGCAGCUCACUGUGGCAACCAUCAUCUUCCUACCCUUGACAUUCUUGACUGGCUAUUUUGGCCAGAACUUCAACGAUUUUGAAGACAUCAAAGGCAGCUGGAACAGCUGGAAAAUUGCGACCCCCGUCGUCGUCGCUGUCAUCGUCAUCUUAUUGUGGGAAGAUAUCUGGCAUUACUUCCGCUCUCUAUCCCAACGUCGAUACAUCGGGUCCCUGCGAAAACGUCGUUCGCAGAGACGAGAAAGGGCACGAAAGUAG